AGGCAUGAGACAUGGAGAAUCCUGGCUCCAGAACUUGGAAGUCCAGACCUGCGCUGGGCAAAGUUUCUCUUAAAAGAUUAUAUUGAUAAGGAAGAUAUUAAGGUGAACAAACAAACUGAAUGUAUUGGAAGAUAUUCACUGUAGAGUUUUGGUCAAGAUAUUUGAUCUCCUUGUACUGGGUCUUUAAUAAUUCUUGUUUGAUCCUGGCCGUCAUUCUUAAUUUCAAAGAAUUGUACCUCAACUUUGUAAACGGAUAUUUUUGAAUAAGCCUGCUCCUAUUCUUUUGGAAAUUCUGACUGGAACUUUAUGACCAACUUGAGUCAAUUCUUGAGCAGGCUUUUCAGGUACUCUUAUUAAUCUCUUUGGAGCAGGAAGGAAUCUUGUUCGCUAGAGGUUACUUUUAGGGGCUACAGUAAGGCUCAACUAGUAUCAUAGUUACUUAUUACUCGUAAUAAACAGUUUUAAGGUAUAAACAUAAAGUUCAUGUUGUCCAGACCAAUAUAGCAUUACCAAUAUAAUUCUG